CAUGGCCAGCUUAUUCACAUUCACCAGCUGAAACCGUGGUCACUGGUGGAGGUGCUGACGCAGAAGUACGAUUGGUCGAUGGAAUCGGCCGCACAGUUCUCAUCUUUUUUGAUCCCAAUGCUGGCAUUCGAUCAGGAUGAACGAGCAACAGCCCGUCAGUGUCUCCAACAUGACUGGUUAAAGCCAAAUGGUGGAAAGCCAAUACCGAGUGAGGCACAAGCAGCAUCGCCUUCGUUAUCGUUAGAGUCGCAACAGCUGGAGCAGGACGAGCAGGAGGACGAGGAGGAAUCGGGCGAACUGCAGGAGGCGCAUUCCUGUAGUUUUAAUGGCUGCAUCGAAGAAUCAUCGGAUUAUGCGGGCGACAGCGACAACGAUGAAGACGAUGAUGAUGAUGGCGAAGAGUAUUUCAUAACGAAUGACAUGCAUGCAUCUCCUCUCGUCAAUGAAUCUCAGCACUCAGUUCACAGUGAUCGCGAAAUGUGA